CGCCCAACCCGCUCACACACAAGCAGCUGGAGGGAAAAUGGCCGGCCAGGAGGAUCCAGUGCAGAGAGAAAUCCACCAGGAUUGGGCGAAUCGCGAGUAUAUUGAAGUGAUUACAAGCAGCAUCAAGAAAAUAGCCGAUUUCCUCAACUCGUUUGAUAUGUCCUGCAGGUCCCGUUUAGCCACGCUGAACGAGAAGCUCACCGCCCUGGAGAGAAGGAUCGAGUACAUCGAAGCCCGGGUUACAAAAGGGGAAACGCUGACCUAACCGUCCCGACGCUGACGACUGGACAACAUGGCCACACUCCUGUUUCUUUUUCUUUUCUUCCCCUCUAUCCUCAUUCACCUUAAAUAACCAAGCGACUGUUUUUCAACCAGUCUCUUAAAGCCCCAGUGAGGAACUGUAGCAGUUCCUCGCUGCGGCUUUAACGUGCGGGAACAUGAUUAACGUGUGACCAUUUUUAUUUUCCACAGUUUCUGCCUCAGUAUGAACAGUGGUUCUGUUUUAUUUUAUUAUCCGCAUUCGAAUUGUUACUGUCUCUGUGGUGCUUGCGCGUACGUCUGGUCCUUCAUCGUGUCCCGAUUUAAAAUUGAGCAGAUAUUAUUAACUGGGAAAUUCACACACUAAACUUAUAUAGAAAUAUAGGAUAAAACGAGUGUACGAUGAGCGAGUUCGGCAUGGGGCGGGGACAAGGAACCUUGCAAAAAUGGUUAGUUUUUUUUUUUAUUUAAAAAAAAUCAAAAAUGUCAUUUGUUUACUCUGCCCACGUGUGUGUAAGCGAAUUUCUGUAUAUAUUUUGUAACUGUGGGAAUGCAAAAGCCUGUGUUGACAUGAACACCCCAUGCCCUGUGACAGUUUCUCUCAUGCAAUAGCACAUCUUCACACGGCGAGGGCGAGCGUGUGUGCGCGGCGAGAGGCCGGAAGCGACGGCGGCCUCUCUACAGCCGAUUUAGUGUUUUAAUGCUCAUACUUUGAUGUAUUGUGGUUUAAAAUAUGAGUACAAAAAAAAAUUAAAGAACAUCACAUAA